UCUGUUGUCUGGUACUCGGUCACGUACGAAAAUGUUUGGAUAGCCGGAACCAAACAAAUCUCGGAAAUCGAUUUCGCAAAAUGAGCGGCCAGAAGCACCUGCGGUUGCGCUACUACACCUCCUUGGAGGAGGCCUUGGUGGUGAAGCUGUGGCGCGAGCACCUGCCCGACAUCCCCUCCUACACCGAGAACCUGCCCAUUUUCCGGGAAAUCGCAUUCGGACUGCAGCAGCAUGGCAUCCGCCUGAACAAACAGGAAGUCCGCCGGCGCAUCAACAGCUACCGCAACAGAUAUUUAAACGAGCGCAAUCGCUUGGAGGGCAACCCGGACGCCCAGUCGGACUGGCGCCUCUAUUCGCUGAUUGACUGCCUAUUCCGACCUGCCAGGCCGGCAAGGGACGUGUUCCACGCCCACCAUGUCCUGGAGCAGGCCGCCGCCAAAGCUCGGGCGGAUCUGCCAGCCCUGCCGCCCCUGCACCUCACGUCCGCCGCCCAGAUCAAGUUCGAGCGCGAUGCGGACGGAAGCGCCUUUCUGGACCCACAGCCCCUGCUGCGUUCGGCUGUGAAAUCGAAGGCUCAACAAGAUGACUACCAUCACCACCAGGUGAAGGCUGAAACCGAGUACAAGCCCACUGAGGCGCAACUGAGUGUGGUGGGAACUAGUGCCGAGAGUGCCACACGGCGGGCACCACUGACGCCUGCCAAUCACCAGUCGCCACCAGGUGCAGACGAUCCGCCUUGUGCGAUCCACACAAACGGGCAGCCGGAGACAGAGCGAUCGGCGUCAAAGAGGAAACGGGGACGGCGCAGCAUCCUGCCCCGCACAGGCCAGAUCACAAUGGCCGCAGUGGAGGGGCUGCGCAAGGAGAACAAGAUGCUCCAGGAGCAAAACGACGCCUGUCUGCUGGCGCUCGAGCAGAAAGAGAAGCAGUUCCUGGCCAUGCAGCAGAACUUCUUGGCCUAUCUGGAGCGGCAGGAGGCACUGCUGGCGCACAUUCAGCACAAGGGCGUCAAGCAGGAACUGGACCGAGACUUCUAGCUUUAAGUGGAGAUCAGGAGCCUCUGGGAAUCUCAGCGCAUUUCAUUUCGUUCCUUUAUCAGAUGAAUAGUUUAUACGACGUACAAAGAGCAUAGCGAACCGAAGAUAUUUGUAUUUUAUUUGUCCUUUUUUGGUAGCAAAGCCCAUACGAAUUGGCCAAACAAUGUGUUAAUUAUAUUCUUUGUAAAAGAUCUCCGUUUGGUAUGAUCUUAGAGUUAACCCCUACUGUAUUAAACAUUUAAGAAAGUGAAGAAA